AUGAACUCAUGCCAGAAAGAGUUCAAGAAGCUGUUGGGAUCCUUGAUUGACCCCAAAGAUUACACUUUUUCUGGACUUAAAGACGAAACUGUGGGUCGACUGCCUGGAAAAGUAGCAGGGCAACAAUUCAUCAUUCAGAACUGUGAGAACUGUAGCAUCUACAUAUUUGACCAUUCUGCUACAAUCACUAUUGAUGACUGUGUAAACUGCAAAAUCUUCUUGGGACCAAUAAAAGGCAGCGUGUUUUUCCGUGACUGCAAAGACUGUAAAUGCAUAGUGGCCUGCCAACAGUUUCGUGCUCGGGACUGCAGAAAGCUGGAGGUGUUCUUGUGCUGUGCCACCCAGCCCAUUAUUGAGUCCUCCACAGGUAUGAAAUUCGGAUGUUUCCAGUACUAUUAUCCUGAGCUUGCUUUACAAUUUAAAGAUGCUGGACUGAGUAUCUUCAAUAACACAUGGAGCAACAUCCAUGACUUUACCCCUGUGUCAGGAGAAAAUAAUUGGGGCCUUUUGCCUGAGGAUGCUGUAGUCCAAGAUUACGUUCCUCUGCCCAGCUCUGAGGAGCUGAAAGCUGUCAGAAUUUCUACCGAUGCUAUGAAGAGCAUAAUACCAAUAACUCGAGGGCGGAGACAGAAAAGCAGCGACGAAUCGUGUUUGGCCGUGUUUUUUGCUGGUGACUACACAACUGCAAAUGCCAGGAAGUUAAUUGAUGAGAUGACUGGCAAAGGCUUUCAGCUGGUACAGACUAAAGAAGUCUCAAUGAAGGCAGAGGAUGCUCACAGAGUUUUCCAGCAGUGUGCAUCAGAAUUCAUUCCACUGCUUGAAAAAGGUCCAGUGGUUGCUUUGGAGUUCAAUGGAGAUGGUGCUGUGGAAGGAUGUCAAAGCACUAUAAAUGAUGUUUUUAGUGGGACCAAGGUUUUUGUAUCGGAGAGCAAGGCAUCAGCGUCUCAAGAUGUAGACAAUUUCUACAACUUUGCUGACAUGCAGAUGGGAAUGUGAAGUUUAACAUGAAGGUGUUCACAUACGGUUUGUCUCAGCACUUGGAUGUCACUUGGCUUGAAUAUUGCAGUAGUAUGUAAGAAGUUUUGUCAUUUGGUUUUGUAUUUCUCAUGUAUCCCUUUUAUAAAGUUAUCGGUGGUUUUAAUACCACGUUACCUGAACUGGAGUAAAUGGCAUAGCUCCCCACCUGUGUUGUGUUUGAGACUUGUAUUUCAACUCCAGAAACAAUGGAGGUUUUCUACUAACUUUUUAUAGUGAUUUCUAAACUUCUGUUGACACUUGAAUGUUUCUUGUCAGCAUCUAAUGGUAAGACAUUUGAAAAGUGCAAUGCUGAUCCAAAUUUGAUGCAGUAGUAAUUGUUAUCUUUAACUCAGACACAUUGUUUAGAAAG